AUGGUCUACUUUGCAAAUCUGUGCCUAUUGGCAACUUUAGCGUCGGCACAAUCAAUACUAGAAAGCUCGAGCUUUGGUCAGACCGACAGAAUAUCACCCAAUGGCGUUGAUAUUCCGGGUUGGCAUAUCUCAGGGGAAGGGCAGGUCCCACAACUCUUGUCAGAUAAGAUCGUCCUUACGCCGCCAUAUCCUGGGAAUAUAAGAGGUGCCGCGUGGUCGGGAGCAAGGGUCGAGCAGAGUGAUUGGAUGGCGGAGCUUGACUUUCGAGCAUCCGGCCCAGCUCGAGGAUCGGGAAACCUGCAGGUCUGGUUCACGAAAGAUGGUAGAGCAGGGAUAGACACUGCCAGCCUUUACACCGUAGGUAACUUUGAUGGAAUGGUAAUAAGUAUAGAUCAGUACGGUGGCAAGGUAAGAAGCCAACUGCCUCGAGGACUUUUAGAGUAUAUGCUUACAGGUACUAAGGGGGGAAGCAUUCGAGGAUUCAUGAAUGAUGGCAGCAUUGAUUUCAAACAUCAUUACUCGGUCGACUCUCUCGCCUUUGGGCAUUGCGAUUUCUCAUUCAGGAACCUUGGUCGACCGUCAAGACUCAAGAUUAGGCAGGAGCCAUCGAAUUUUGAAGUCGUCAUAGACGACAAACUCUGUUUCUCAAGCGAUAAAAUCCGAAUGCCUUCGGGGUACAGCUUUGGCUUGACUGCUGCCUCAGCAGAAACACCCGAUUCUUUCGAGGCCUACAAAUUCCAGCUUUCUUCGUUGUCUCAAUCAAGUCAACGGCAAGAUCCACGGCAAGAUUCACAGUCGAAUGCUCAGCAGGGAUCAGUGCCCAUAUCUCAAUCAUACGAAUCCCAAUUUGGAGAUCUAACAAACAGACUACAAUCACUAGCACAGGCCGUGCAGAAACUCGAGGAUGAAAUUGGUAUCCUACAUAGAGAUUCUGACGCUCACUAUCGUGAUAUCGAACGAGCUCUACUGAAUCGUGACACGCUGAAUUCCAUCAUCUCUCAAAACGACAGAAUCGAACGGAUCGACAAGACGUUGACUUCUUUCCAGUCUCAAGUUUCCAACCUCCACGGCCUGAUGAAGGAUUCUCACGAUAGCCUUACUGAGGGUAUCCCUAAACACUUAAGCAACAUUAUCUCGACGAAUGCGCCCCGCAUGGGCAUGCUCAUUUUCAUUUUCGUUGUGAUCCAAGUUCUGCUCUAUGGCGUCUAUACACUGUACAAACGACGAAGUAAGCAAGGGCCUAAGAAAUAUUUGUAG